AAGGUGGCGGAGAUUGCGGAUCGAGUGUGCGAGUUGACGCUGAUCGAGGUGAACGAGCUGUGCGACGUCUUGGCGGAGAGACUCGGAUUGGGCGAUAUGAGUGGGAUGAUGUUCGGUGGAGGCGUGAUGCCCGCCGGCGGUGGGGGCGGCGGUGGCGGCGGCGGCGGCGGCGGUAACGCCGCGGCGGCGCCCGCGGAGGAGAAGACGUCGUUCGCGUUGAAGCUGGAAUCCUUCGACGCGGCGCAAAAGAUUAAAGUCAUCAAGGAGGUGCGCGCCAUCACCGAUCUCGGGUUGAAAGAGGCCAAAGAACUCGUCGAAGGCGCGCCCGCGGUGUUGAAGAAAGAGUUGAAGAAGGAAGAAGCGGAGGCGUUGAUUGCUAAAUUGACCGCCGUGGGCGCGGUGGCGGCGCUCGAGUAA